AUGCGCGGUCGCCUUUGUGUGGGUCGAGCGGCGGCGGCGGCGGCGGCAGUGGCGGUCCCACUGGCAGGCGGGCAAGAGGGGAGUCCGGGCGGCGUCCGGCGUGGGAGCCGGGGGGCCACGAUGGUAAAGAAGCGGAAAGGCCGUGUCGUGAUCGACUCAGACACGGAGGACAGCGGCAGCGACGAGAACCUGGAUCAGGAGCUCUUGUCGCUGGCAAAGCGGAAGCGAAGUGACUCGGAAGAGAAGGAGCCGCCUGUGAGUCAGCCUGCAGCCUCCUCAGACUCCGAGACAUCUAACAGCGAUGAUGAGUGGACUUUUGGAAGCAAUAAAAAUAAGAAGAAAGGAAAAGCCAGAAAAAUAGAGAAGAAAGGAACCAUGAAGAAACAGGCCAAUAAAACUGCUUCUUCAGGCAGUUCAGACAAAGAUAGUUCAGCUGAAAGCUCAGCCCCUGAGGAAGGCGAAGUGUCAGAUUCUGACAGCAACAGCUCUUCCUCUAGUUCAGAUUCAGACUCUUCCUCAGAAGAUGAGGAAUUCCAUGAUGGCUAUGGUGAAGACCUCAUGGGCGAUGAGGAAGACAGGGCCCGUCUGGAACAGAUGACUGAAAAGGAGCGAGAGCAAGAACUGUUUAACCGCAUAGAGAAGAGGGAGGUGUUGAAAAAAAGAUUUGAAAUCAGGAAAAAACUGAAAACAGCCAAAAAGAAAGAAAAGAAAGAAAAAAAGAAAAAGCAAGAAGAGGAGCAAGAAAAGAAAAAACUGACACAGAUUCAAGAAUCUCAGGUAACAUCCCACAACAAGGAACGACGUUCCAAACGGGAUGAGAAACUAGAUAAGAAAUCUCAAGCCAUGGAGGAGCUAAAAGCAGAGCGAGAAAAACGGAAGAACAGAACAGCUGAGCUCCUUGCCAAGAAACAGCCAUUAAAAACCAGUGAGGUGUACUCUGACGAUGAGGAGGAGGAAGAAGAUGACAAGUCCAGUGAAAAGUCAGACCGCUCAUCCCGAACAUCAUCAUCUGAUGAAGAAGAGGAGAAAGAAGAGAUCCCUCCAAAAUCACAACCAGUCUCCUUACCAGAGGAAUUGAAUCGGGUUCGAUUAUCACGGCAUAAGCUGGAACGUUGGUGUCAUAUGCCCUUCUUCGCUAAAACGGUCACAGGAUGUUUUGUACGAAUUGGCAUUGGAAACCAUAACAGCAAACCAGUUUACCGGGUUGCUGAGAUCACGGGUGUUGUGGAAACUGCCAAAGUUUACCAGCUUGGUGGCACCAGAACAAACAAAGGGCUACAGCUACGGCACGGCAAUGACCAGCGAGUGUUCCGCCUUGAGUUUGUCUCAAACCAAGAGUUCACUGAAAGUGAAUUCAUGAAGUGGAAAGAAGCGAUGUUCUCUGCUGGCAUGCAGUUGCCCACUCUAGAUGAAAUCAAUAAGAAGGAAUUAUCUAUUAAAGAAGCUCUUAAUUAUAAGUUCAAUGACCAGGACAUUGAAGAGAUUGUAAAAGAGAAAGAAAGAUUCAGGAAAGCUCCACCCAACUAUGCUAUGAAGAAAACACAGCUCUUAAAGGAAAAGGCCAUGGCUGAGGACCUGGGGGAUCAGGACAAGGCGAAACAAAUCCAAGACCAGCUGAACGAGCUGGAGGAGCGAGCAGAGGCCCUGGACCGCCAGCGGACCAAGAACAUAUCUGCUAUCAGUUACAUCAACCAGCGGAACCGGGAGUGGAACAUUGUGGAGUCUGAGAAGGCCCUUGUGGCUGAAAGUCACAACAUGAAAAACCAACAGAUGGAUCCCUUUACCAGGCGACAGUGUAAACCUACCAUCGUUUCUAAUUCCAGAGACCCAGCUGUUCAAGCUGCCAUAUUGGCCCAGCUGAACGCAAAAUACGGUUCUGGAGUGUUACCCGAUGCUCCAAAAGAAAUGAGCAAGGGUCAGGGAAAGGAUAAAGAUUUGAAUUCUAAGUCAGCCAGUGACCUCUCAGAAGAUUUGUUCAAAGUACAUGAUUUCGAUGUGAAGAUUGAUUUACAGGUUCCCAGCUCAGAGUCAAAGGCUUUGGCCAUCACCUCCAAGGCUCCGCCAGCCAAGGAUGGAGCUCCAAGGAGAUCUCUGAACUUGGAAGACUACAAAAAACGACGAGGGCUUAUUUGAGCGCACCCAGCCUGCUGCUUCUGACCCUGCAUGCCCCAUCACAGUGUCCCACCUUGCCUCUUUUCCUUUGAUUUGCCCUCACUGGGCUGGAGCAGCCGUCAAACUGGGAAGAGACUCUAAACUGCCAGUCAUCUGUAAUAUAAACCAUUUGCUGUAUAGACUUCCCUUGUCUGCAACAUCUCCCACCAACCCCCCAGGCCCCACCCAGUGUGAACCUGGGCUCUCUUGGGCUUUAUCCAUGUCUUUAGAUUUGUGUUUGCCUUUCUUUUUUUCUUUCUUUUUUUUUUUUAAAGCCAGCACAGUUCAUUGGCCACUCUGCACGCAUUCAGUAUUACCGUGGAGCUGGGGUUCUUGCUGGAGCCCCCGGGGACGAUGGCAGCAGCACUGGGCAGCCCCCUCUGUGGGCUGCCCUGGACCCAACCAUGGAACAUUUGGCACCUGACCCUUGUGGAGGGAGUGGGGACUGGGCACCUGCAGUCCUCCUUCCUCUCUCCUCAUCUUUCUCUUCCCAUCUCUGCGGAAGAAGGGUUUUCAAAACCAAUUUAGUUUCCAAAAAGUGUACAUUUCGGGGGGUGGGGGGCGGGGUGGGUCUAUUUGAGAGAGAGUGUGUAUGUGUGUAUGCGUCUGUAAGUGUGUGGAUUUUUUUAUCAUUUUUUAAAAAUGCAGUACUCUUUGUAUCAGUCUGUCAUGGGUCUAUAGCUGUUUCAGAUUUUUUUCAGCUGUACUUGAGCAUCUGAAACUGCAAGAAAGAAACUCAUUAAAUGUGAUUCUUCUUACUAAACAGGCCUGACUGCUGUAGCUGUGUCCCUUGCCCUCCCCCACCUCUUCCCCAUCACCUCCGCACCUCAGAGAAAUCUCCCCCGUUUGGCCCCUGCCCUGUGGCUGUGUCCUGGCACGUGGGAGGGAAGCCCACAGCCAGGUACCACGGAGGGCAGUGCAGGUGUCGUGCCCAGCCCGUGCGUGCAGCCCACAGCUUCUUGGCAGAAUGUAGAGUGUGUUUUCCCCACCCCGUGUACUUGUCUCGUCCUGGUGAUCUGUUUUGCCAUUUCAGCAAGAAUAAUAUUUUGUUCUGUUUUUUUAAGAGAAAGUAUUCAACAUGAAUGUGGAGAGAACGAACACAGAGAUUUAGGUUGCAAAUGUUACAAGCAUGUGCAGUUUUGUGUGUGUGUAUACAUAUAUAUAUGGUAAGCAUAUAUAUUGUUGUGCAGCUAGGGUGAAGCCAGCAAAGAAGUAUGUAUGUCUUUAUGAAAUGUUUGCAAAGAGAUAAGCUGACUGCUUGAUAAUCAUUCUCAGGUGUAAAGCUCCAAGUGUAAAUAAAAGUGGCAUUUAACAAAUCUUUUCAGAACAAAGUACAGCUGACUAUAUAAAACAAGAACUAAGCUAAAGGAACAGCUGAGAGCUGCUGAUUCCCACAAGAGGGAGAGGAAUCUCAAAGCCCUACUUUUUAUUUCUUCACCCAACUUUCUGUAAGAAAGUGGGAUGAUGGGAAAUCAUGGAGUUAAGUUGUAUUUAAACAUAAAAAUGAACUUGGUAACUCUUCCGGGUUUACUAGAGCCUCAGUGUUGCUUUAACUUAGUUUACACUUUUUUUAUUUAAAAAAAAAAAAAAGCAGUAAUCGAUGGUUUUUAAAAAGAAUUGUGACUGUAAAAUUGAUAAUUAUGACUGUGACACAGCUAUGUGGUGGCUGUGACACAGUUCACCUGGGCAGUUGGGCAAAGGAGUGGUGAUGGACUCAAUUAAAUCAUAUAUACUUGAAUAGUCCAUUGACCAGAACUCUUUAUAGACUAUUGUGUAAAUGUGGAAUCACAGACUGUUAAACAUUGCCUGGACUCCAGCAAAGUCCUGGAGGCUGCUGGGACCUCUCCUAUAAUGACGAACUUGGACUUUUUUUUCGUUCUGGUUUUAAAAGACAUGAAAUUAUAGAAUCCAUAUAAUUUGCUGGAGUCAUUCUGAUCCACCAUGUAGAUCUGUAUUUAGUAUCAUUUGGAUUUGGAGAAGUGUCGGUUACAUUAUGGCUGUGUAAUAAAAUUUUUAUUAAAACUGCAUCACACUGUAGCCACUUUGCCACUACCUCCCCACAUGCAGCUGCUAAACCUUCAUUCUAAGAAGCCAAAACACAGCAGGGAGCAAAACCAACCAAAGAAGACCAAAAGUUAACUUAUUACCUGAGUAGCCAACUUGGUGAUUGGAAUCAAGACUGGAGGACUUGUCUUUGGUCUCAACUGAGGCAGGACCUCUGAACUGAGAUCUUGACCAGGCAUGAGACAUUGGCUUUAUCCCACCAGCUGGGCUUCUUGGUGGUUCAUGGUAUUUCUUGGGCCUGGGAAUAGCAGCAGCGGCCCACUUGCUCCACCCCCACCCCCCAAGUUGGUUUCAGUGUUGAAGGGUGUGGCACCUAAGGCUGCUUUAUACAUUUUUCACUUCCUUCCAAGAAGCAAAAAAGGCCAAUGUCCAUAUGCCUAGCUCAUGAUGUAUAGGUCUGUUUGUCUGCCUUUCUUCUGACAGGUGCAGGGAAAGUCUACUGCCUGCCACCUCCCUUCGAAAAGAAUGCUUUUGUUUUCUUUGUUUCUGUGAAGUCGUGACCUGUCACUCAAACUGUACAGAUACUUGUAAAUAAACUUUA